CAGGCCUUGUAAAAAAGCAUUUGAAAAUGAGGUUAAGGGAUAUUGUAUAUUCUCAGUGAAACCUCUGCUUAAUUGAGGUGGCACAGAGAAGUAAACUGAGAAGUAAGCCACCCAAUUUAAAUAACAAGGCAAGCAUGAGCAAGAUGUUUUUGGAAAGUGUUGGGGAUCACUGGCAAAAUAGAUUGAAAGAAUGAAAUUAGUGGAAAGAAACUGCCUUGAUGAGCAGUGUGAAAAUUGAUGUGGGAGGGAAUGGAAAAGAAAAUGUGUCAGUGUAGUUUGAGAGGUACUAAAAUUGCUAGAGGAGCUGGAGAGCAGAGCCUGGAAUGAGCUAAAUACAGGAGCAGCAGCGGGGCUGUGUGGGAGGCUUGGAAGAGGAGGGAGAGAUCUGAUGAGCAGGGCUCAGAAUUGCGGUUGGUGUGGGGGGCUGUGAGACUGACUGAGGAGAUUAAGGGAGGAGUUUGGCAGGGGGAGCCAGCAAAGACCUGGCUCGUGCAUGGGGAAGACUGAACACCGGCAUCAGGGUGAGAUCUGACGGGUAUCUGGGAAACUGGAAAACAGGAUUUGCUGGGCAAACUGACAGGGAACGAUAUGAGGAUGCCUUUUGGAGGGAAGCCUACUUGCUGAGACUCCAGUUGCUUGCCUCUCCUUCCUUCCUGUCCAUCCAUAAUGAGUUCGAUGGGAAUGGCGAGCCUGUGAAUUUGGAGAUUUUUCCUGCCUUCCACGGGGCUGCUCUACUGGUACCUUUUUUCACCUCUGGCUUCAAAUGUAUCAGGAACACACGUUGUCCUUAGAUGUUUUACAUCACUGAAGACCUUGUGUUACACAGAACCCCAUACUGGGAUCUUCCAUCAGAAAACACUUUGAGAAGUAGCCUUUGGACUUCACCUUCAGGUAGCAGCUUCUCUGAAUUGUCACAUUGUCCUCACUCACUUCUUGAUGGAGCAUGAUAGCUAUUACAGCCAGUCUGCAUUUUGAAGAUUUCCAAGUGGUCCAGACAGAUUUAGUCUGUCACUUCGGAGCUCAUUCUAUUCAUCCUUAUUGUCUGGCCAUUCUCCUAAAUAAGGAUUCUUUUGCUUAUACAAAUAUGCUUAAAUGUCUUAGAGGAGUUGUCUACUGUGUUUGACGAGCUUCUUGCCUCAAGGAGGUUGCUCUCUUCCAUUUGCCUCUGGUAACUCACUGACAUGUUUCAACGCGAAAUGUGUCUUCUGGCAGAUCCUAUGUCCUAUAACUGUUGUUUAACAUCUAUACAUGAUAAAAAUAUCUAAAUAUGGUAAAUUUUCUGAUUCCUGAGACAGGUAUGAUAACAACUACCCUGAGGUGACAGUAUAUCAGGUAACUAAAGCCCAACCUUUUUCUCCUAAGCAUACACUAAGAAGGAGUCCUUGUACAGAAUUAUUUAGUCUGAUUUAUUUUAGUUGCUACGUGGUGUGAAAUUGUAGAUGUGGUCUUUAAACCACUUCUGGGGGGAAAAAAAAAGAUCACUCUGUCUCGGACCUGGUAAGAUCAAUGACCAAUCUGACUGACUUCAGCAGGCUUUGAAGAGUGCUUGAUACACAAGAAAUCAGUAGAUCACAAGGUCACAUGGUAAACGGAGAAAUGACAUACAGUGAAGAAAAGGUCAAAGAUCAACACCUAUAUUUUCUUGUUGUCUACACAAUGGUCUUUUGCAGAUAAGAAAAUGCAAAAAUAUUGGCUAAAUGCCAUAGUGUGUAAAAAUACUGUGUUCAUUUGAAUGAAUAUUGUAACAGUUUAAUGUAGACACAAGUAUAUAGUUAAAAUAUGCAAGUGCAGAUUUGUUCAUGUUGAUGUAUAGAGGGUGGAGAUAGUGAACAGUUAUCCUUCAUUUCUAAGGUCAUGCUUACACUAAGAGAGAAUUAAUGAUUAGUAAUGCUGCUAACUGUAUGAGUCUGAAGAUAAUCCUGAUAUUGAUGUGUGAUACAAUAAUCACCCCUCAGCCCUGAAAGAGUCUCUGUGUGCAAGUGCAUUUUCAGUGCUAUAACAAUCUACUAUUAUACCACUAGUAGAUGAGCCUACUGCUGUCUCGGAGCACACAGGAAACCCAUUUCCAUUUUGGCAGCUGGGGUUUAUGUACAUCAACACUGCAGGGGGGACCCCAAAUAACUUCCAGAGUGGUCCUGCUGCAUCUUUGUAAAACAAAAAAACCUGAAGUCAUAGCCUCAAGAAAUCAGAAAGGCAGAUUUCCAGUUUAGAGAUUACAUCGCCCUCCAUCAUUUGAAAAGAAUAUGAACCAGAAGGCAUUAGUUUUCCUUCUCCCAAAUUUUAUUUUUGGGAUAAUUAUUUUUGGAUUUUUCUCCAUGAGACAAAAAAAUCUAAUGGAUUCUUUUCAUGUUCCCACUGAAGACUGGCUGUCAAUUCAAAAUGAUCGCAAAAACACACUGGCUUCUGUCUGCCAGAAGAACAACCUUCUUAAACUAAGAAGCAAAUUGGAUUCUCGUGUCGCAAGCCAGCUCUUUGUGGAGCACAAACAUAAACUUACCUACUGUGAGGUGCCCAAGGUAGGCUGCUCCAACUGGAAGAGAACCAUUUUCAUUCUCCAAGCAGGCUUGGAAGUGGAAGCUUCUGAAAUUGAGCAUGACCACAUCCACCAGACCUCACUGAUCAAAAGGCUGGCUGCUUACCCUCCCCCUAUACAAGAGGAAUUUCUGAACAAUUACACCAAAGUGAUGUUCACCAGACAUCCCUUGGAACGGCUGGUUUCAGCUUACAGAGACAAGCUUCUGCACUCUGAGCCAUACUAUAGUACCACUGUUGCUAAUGAGAUUAGGGCAAUGUUCAGGAAAAACAAAAAUUCUUCUGAAAAAGUGAGUUUCCAGGAGUUUGUCAGCUUCAUUAUAGCAAAACCAAUGAAUACUCUUGACAUUCACUGGAAACCAAUGUUUCUUCUCUGUGAUCCUUGCAACAUUCACUAUGAUAUUCUGGGCAAGUAUGAAACUCUUGGGUUAGAUUCUGAGCACGUUCUGAAGGCAAUUGGUGCACCAGAGAGCCUGCAGUACCCCAGCCUGAAGAGGUAUGGCUCAGAGAAACGAACUAGUGGUGAUAUCACCUUGGAAUACCUCCGACAGUUGAGCUCAGAACAAACUGAGAAGAUCAAAAAAUUGUAUGAAAUGGAUUUUCUCUUGUUUAACUAUACUAUGAAAUAUGAGGAUUAUUUUUCUCUGAAAAGCUAAUGUAGGUUAAACAAAGAAGAACAUUUUCGUUUGUACAAAAUGGGCUGAACUUGUCCUCACGGGUACUUGAUAGAUGGGUUUACUGCUGUUUUAUUCAUCCUAAGCACUCUUGUAACAAAUCCCUGCCAUGAUCCAUAGUACAGUGAUUCACCUAUACGAAGAGAUUUUCUUUCUGUUGAUCAUUAUUGGGAUAUGUUUGCUUCAUGAAGACUUAUAAUGAAGGCUUAUAAAUGAUAGACUUUGGUAUGUUGGUAAGAGAAAGGAGAAGAAUGAAG